UUUCUCCUAGCUCUUACAUUUAGAUCAUUCCAUUUAGACUGGAAGCAGAAAAGCAUUUUCAGAGACUGGAAACAGAAAAGCAUUUUCAGAGACAGGCACCACUGUGGAACAUCUUCCUCUUAGCUGUCCAAAUGACCACACAACCCUUUAGGUCUUUAAGGCACGCUGCAAGGGUCGCUUAUCCAGGUAGCUGUCUGUCUCCACACCUGUUUGUGGCAUUGCAGGAGAAGUUUUGUUAUGUUGCAGAAUAAAUCUAAUGGCCUGUUACUAGAUUUUUACUCCCAUUUCUAGCCAUAGGAUCAGUCAUCACAAACCCAGCACAAAGGACUACAAAAGGACAGUAAAGCUACAAAGGAAUUUGUUUGAACUAUAUUUUAUAUAUACUUGCAAAAAGGAUUUCUGGGUUUUAUUUGACAAUGCCUCUGUUGUAAACAAAGGAAAGCAAAAUUUCCUACAGAAUCAAAUCACCUUAGCCCUGGAUACUCAUUUUUUGUUGAAGGCCAGAUUCCUUCUUUGAUAGAGCACAGUUAUGAGGACACAUAUAUAUGACAGAGGCUACAACAGUAUCACAGUUCACAGCUAAAACCACUUUUUGUCACCCUCUGACACAGAGGAAGUAAUUUGUUGCAAGUGUUUAUAAGGCACAUCUAGAAUACUGCAAGAAAAGUUGUAACAGAUUUUAGGGAUGGUUCUGGAUGACAGAGCAGUAAUGAGAACUAUGACAUUCAGGACAGCCUGGGCUCUCUGGCUGCAAGCAGUGUAGUGGAAGCACCAUCAGCUGUGUGUCUCAGAAAAUAGCCAACUGUCAGCCAGGACAUGGCUGAAAGGUGACACAAGAGCUAAAGGGACAAAGGAGUCACUCAGGAAAAGGGAGAGAAGGGAUUUCAGCUAAAAAGCAAUAGAGGAUAUUCUUGCUGUCUCAGUACUUCAGGCUAAGAGGUCAUUCACACUUCAAGAGAUUAAAUAUAGUUAAUAGAAAGAGCUGACUGUCAACAUAGAAAAUUAAUUAAAAGGGCACUUUUCAGCAAGCUGAAUAUCAAAUGCUCACAGCACUGAGUCAGAGGAGAUGUGGGCUUCUAGCAGCAGCUCAGCAGGUCCAAAUAGGGCAGUAAGCAGGGAUCAAGUAGGACAAAGUAGAUUUAGGAACUUUGAUGGAACUCAGGCAAUCUGACCAUGGUCCAAAGAGCUUAAGGGUCUUUUCCUAGAUCACACAAUAGCACACAGGCAAACUGCUGAGACACUGGCUUCCAGCCAGAAGCACUGUUCUCCAUCCAGCUGCAAAAGUGGAUGGAAGAGGGAGUUCUUAAUUGAAGGAAUUUUUUGCUUCAAGUUUCCAAGCUGGGCUCGAUGGCAAAACCAAGUGAAAACACUUAGAAUACAAUAAAAACAAUACGUAAUUGUAUUGUUUUCCAGCUAUUCUGGUGCCAAGAAACAGCUUUGGUCAGGAAACCAGUUGUAAAUUUGACAAGGAAAAGGCAGAGAUAAAUAGCACUGCUUACUUGCCAAGAGAGACUCCCUAAAUUUAACUGUCUUGAACUUUGUGAAGGAAGAGGAGGCCUCCAGCCCAGUUCAGCCCUACUUUAAAUUAAACCCCAGUAAGGUCAAGGUGACACCACUUAGAUCAAGAAUCCUUAAUACAAUGUAAGAGGCAGAUAUAUUUGAUAAUGUAAAAUUCUAAGUCCAGGUGUAUGUGGAUUAGAUGACUUCCCAUGAUGACAGCAAUGCAAAGGUCUCUAUUUAAUGCCAAUUAGCAAGGAGCUUUUGGAAAUCCUGGCUGAUAGCUAAGACUGUCCUGAGCUCAGUGUAGACGAAUACUCAUGGCUUAACUCACAUGUACCAGCCAGGUAUGGGAGAAAGCCUCCAGGGCAUCUCGUAUCACAGCAGGGGUUUCAGCACUGCAAAUACAAAGCAAACCAACCAAAACUCGUGACAAGACCAGAGGGCAUGGCCUGAAGCUGCACCAGGGGAAGUUUAGGUUGGAUGUUAGGAAGCACUUCCUCAUGGAGAGGACUGGAAUGGACUGCCCAGAGAGGUGGUGAAGUCGCCAUCCCUGGAGGUGUUUAAGGAAAUAUUGGAUGUGGCAUGGUCUGUUUGAUGUGGUGGUGUUAGGUCAUAGGCUGGGCUUGAUGACCUCAGAGGUCUAUUCCCACCUGAAUAAUUUUAUGAUUCUGCAAAAACAACAACACCCCCCACCCCCAACUUUCUAAUGCAUUUUCCUGGGUAAUAAACAACAGGAAAGAGAAUGGAGGAGCUGAGGUUUGAUGGGAAGAGCAGUGAGGUGCGAGGACUGAAGGAGAGGAUCUGUUACCAUCCAAGAAAGGGGCUUCAGAGAAAGAGAGAGAAAAUGGUGGAAAGGUGAAGGACAUGUUGUCAAGAGAUGGUACAAAGGAUAGAUCAGGCAAGAACAGGAAUUACAGAUUAUGAGGCAACUAUUUAAAUGUUAACACUAGGGAGGACAAAGAAUUGUUUAGGGUGGUUCAGUGAUAUUCCUAGGAGUGGUGGGAUGCAGAUAAGCAAGUGGAAAAUGUAAGCUAUUAAACAGGAAGCAUUUCCUGACAGUGAAGGCUAAUAGACUGUGGAGAAGUCUUCUGAGGGAAGUGCCAGGAGCCACUCAAACAAUUAAAACUAGGCCAGACAACAUACCUUAGGGUAUAAUCACAGACAACUGACUGGAUGUGACAAGUCUCUUUCCUUCUUACUUCAGAAAUUAACCCAUAAACCAGGGGGUAAAAAAGACCAUUGCAAAUGCAAGGUCCCUAUAAGGUAGGGAGGCAUCACACCUGAGUCAAAUAAAAUCCAAAUGCUAAUUUUCUUUGUAGGUGACACAGAUUAUGGCAGCCUGGUUCCUCCUCAGCAGUAUCUACACACAAGACUCUCUAAUGCUACAUUACUGCCAACCAAAACAAAAAAAAAAUCAAACCUAAAUCAUGAUAACCAUUAAUUCAUUGUUUGCUCAGGCAUUCUGCAGUGUUUAAUUACCUCACUGAUUGAGGUUUAACAGCUUUAAGGAACUUUUUCUUAAGAAUGGCUGAGUAUAUAUCCUGCUCUGCUUCACGGAUACCUUCAGCUUUCUAAGCCACAACUGCGAUAAGCACAUGAUAGAAAAACACUAAUUUUUUGUUAGCUUGUAGACAUGAGGAAUUCUGCAGAAAGCUUACAAAAGUACAAGCUGGUUACUUGACACACAUUGCAUGCAAUAGAAGAAGGGAAGAAUGCUCAUGAGUGCUUGAAGCAGGGCAGCAGAAGCCACCUGAGGAAUGGAUUUUUAAAUUUAAUUUUAUUUAACUUUUGAGCUUUUAAACUUAUUCUGCCCAGCAUCUUGAUGUGCAGGCUGAAAGAUUUUUAGUAUGCUCCUGUGUCAAUCUGCUAAGAUGUGAUUGAAACCCACAAGCUUCUUAGAGAGAACCUGCCAAACGUUGGCUGGUAAAAAGGCAGUGGUUGCUUUUUUUGGGAAGGGCUGGACUCAGGCAAUGGAAGGCUCCAUAACCCACUUCUAUUUGACUCCUCUGGUACAGAGAUACUGUAUCAGGCCUACUGGCAAUAUUACUUGGUGAUAUUUACCUUGCCUCAGUGUUUCCUGUGGUUGUCCUUGAUUUUCCAUGGUUCUAUGGCCGUGGUCUAAAAGCUCCACAACCUUGCACAGAAUGAACAAUGAACUUGAUGGAUUUAGUCCUAAUUGUGAAUCAUAUUGACUGUAAAAUUUGAUUUGCUUUAUGGUAAUGCUUUGAUGUCUAAGUCACGGUCACACUCCCAUUGUGCAAGGCACUAUACAAACCCGGAACAGCAGACCUUGUUCCAAGAAUUUACAGUAAACAGAUCAGAAUACAUAAACAGAGUUUGAUAUUUCACCUGACAACUCUCCUUUCUGGUUUAACUGCCAUCCCAAAGAGAUUUCACGUCAAAUUUUUGCAGGUAACUCUCCUCUCGUGAUGCAUAAAUGCUACCACCCUUAAACAGCUCUGUCCAGGUUAUUCCUGCAGUGCAAUAAUUUUUCUCAUGACACAUAACUUGCAAAGAAAGACCAUUCCCCAUCACAGGUUGCUGGUGCAGCAGCUGUUACAGCAAAUACUGACCCCUGGGCUAGAUAAGUUGACAAAAGUGUGUCUGCAGUCACACAUACAUACAGACACUAACACAUACGAAUCAUAUCAUAGAAUGGGUUGGGUUGGAAGGGACUUUAAAGGUCAUUCAGUUCCAACUCCCCUGCCAUGGGCAGGGCCACCUCCACCAGCCCAGGUGGCUCAAGGCCUCAUCCAACCUGGCUCUGAACACCUCCAGGGAAGGGACAUCCACAGCCUCCCUGGGCAACCUGUUCCAGUGUUUCACCACCUUCACUCUAAAGAACAUCUUUCUAAUCGUCAGUCUAAAUCUCCCCUCCUCAAACUUCAAUCCAUUCCCUCUCAUCCUGUCAUAACCAAGCACUUUGAAGACAGGUUUACCCAGUAUUCACAAGGCAUUCAUUUACUGAAACACCCAUGAAGGCAUUUGGUGACAAUCUGUGCUUAGAACUUCUGGUUCUGGUGUAUCCCAGUGGAGAUGAGAAGUCACUCCUACUGCUGGAGGGCUGGCCAAUGUCUUCGGUACACUUAAGAAAUGAAACAUUUUGCUCUAACAAUAUUGGACAGACAAAAAUAUCAAACUGACAAAACAGUGUCGCCAGCUAUCACUUUGAGGAUCACAGACUGCAGCUCCAUUCCCUAUCUGCUGUCUCAGGGGCUAAUUUGUACAUCUUUUCAUUAACCUAAUUUUGAAUAUAUGAAUUCUUUAGGGGUUUGUGUUGGUUUGGGAGUUUUUGUUUGUGUUUUUGUUUGGUUGGUUUGGUUUGUUUGUUUGUUUUUUUUUUCAGUUGGAGGCCAUUGGUGCUAUCAGUCACAGAAGUAUCAACAGCCAGACUGCGAAGAGCCUCGACAAUGGUAUCAAGUAGAUACUGCCUGCAAAGGAAAGAAACAGUCACCUAUCAACAUUGUCACCAAAAAUGUUAUUUAUGACAAGAACCUUAAGCCACUGAAUUUUGAAGGAUAUGAUGUGAAGGGGUCUUCAAAAUGGAACAUAGAAAAUAAUGGACACACAGUUAAAGUAGCAUUAAGCAUAUUCCCUAAAAUUGGAGGAGGAGGUCUGAGAAGGAAAUACAAGGCAGUAGAAUUUCAUUUGCACUGGGGAAUAGAAGGUGUGCCACAAUACCUUCCCGGGUCAGAGCACAGCAUAGAUGGAGAAAAACAAGCCAUGGAGCUUCAUAUCGUCCACAUAAGAGAAGAUGUUUCAGAUGUAACAGAAGCAAAGCAACAUGCAGAUGGUGUGGCUGUGUUAGCAUUCUUUAUAAAGAUUGAAGAAGAAAACAAAAACUACACAACUCUAAUAAAGGAAUUGGAGAAAAUCAAAUACAAAGGGGAAACAGCACAGAUGGAGCCUUUGCCAUUGAGCUCUCUUCUCCCACCCGAGGAAGAGCUUAGAAGGUACUAUCGGUAUGAGGGCUCCCUCACCACUCCUGACUGCUAUGAGGGUGUCACCUGGACAGUGUUUGAGAAGCCAGUUGAACUCAGUAUUGCUCAGAUCUCUCAGUUUUCAACACUCCACUUUGAUGGGAAGAACUCAACUCUCAUGGCUGAAAAUUUCCGACCUAUUCAGUUUCUGAACAAGCGCAAGGUGUACUGGUCCAGUGCCAGCAGCACCCUCCUGCCUCCUGCUAAGGUUGUAAUGCUGGUCCUGAUGCUUGCAUGCAUCCUGGUUUCUCUUUUCCAGUGAACUCUUCUUGACUCAUUCAAGGUUCUGAGCUUUUUGUAGUUUUUUUCUUGGUCAGUUUAGUUUUGUUCUAAUUUUAUUGCUGUUAGUUUUUUUUAUCAAGUACUCUAACUCAUGAAUCAUAUUUGAACACCUUGUCCUCCUCCACACACUAACUAAAAAAUUCUGUUGCUGCUCUUACAUAAAAUGAACUCCAUUACACUAAAUCACAGAAUUUGAAGGAACUGUAAAAUAAAGCUAUGAAGAUUGAAAUUUAAAAAACCCCACACCACUUGCAGAAAACGUUAGGAUGGAUUAUCUGCAAGCCUGUAGUUUAACAUAACACUGGAGAGACACUUCACCAGUUCUACACAGUUUUAACACAAUACUGGAAGGACACUUCACAAGUUCUACAAAGAACCUUCAAGUGGAAUCUGUUCCUAAGUGCCUAUGAAGGGUUUUGUUUGGAGCGUAUUUACAUUCAACACUGCAAACCAGGAAGAUGGUAACAUGGAGCAAUUCUUAUCAUCCCUACCUUGUCCUAUACAAGGGUACAACAGAGAACAAGAUAAAAAAUGCUCACACAGAAUGAGUAAACUCUGGGUUGUCCUUUUUAGAGAAGGAUAUGUGCCAAGUUUCAUCUGUGCCAAAUUUCAUCUGUACUUGCCGGUUUUCCUGAGCACAUCGAGCGAUAUGUUGAUCCCAGACCUGCCAGUCUCAACGUGGAGAGCAGAAGUUCAACUGACAGGCAAUUGUGAGGAGGUGACCACUGCUGCACGGUGGGCAGAGUGGCCCAGACCUGUGGAGCCAGUGGCUAUUUAUUGAGACAUAGGUGAAUGUCACAGUUCCACUUUUCCAUCUCGUUAAGCCCACUGAUUUAUCUUUAUUUGAACAGGUGUCUUUCUUCCCAGUUGCCUUCCCAUCCAUUUCUGAAAGGCAAUACUUUAUUAUUUUUUACUUCCAUCCAUUUCUCACAUGGUUUGGAGGUACAACAUCUCUUAUCACCUCCAGGGCCUCACAGGCAUGAAGGCCAUCUACACAUUUCAUUAUUAUUCCCUUUUUGGGUUCCCUCAGUACUAACACAAUUUCCUCCCCUUCUUCCAUCAUAAUAUCUAAAAUUAAAUUUUAGAUAAGGAUGCUGGAUUCCUUUCAUCUAAUGUACUGAUUCUGGAUUUUGGGUUUUUCUGUUAAGCCUAUUUAUGCAUCCCAGGAUAGAAUCUUACUCCGGGUCACUCAUCGAUCUGAUGUGCUAGAAAGAAAAAGGGAAGCUCAGCCCUAUGUACCAGUUGCAUAUCCAUGGAAGUUCUGUCUUUGGAAGGCUACAUUUGAAGAAUGUGUCUUUGGUGAUCCUUUACAAUUUUCAUCUGCUUAAUAAAAUGGGACAGCUCAAGAAAUGGCUUUCUCUAAUAUCACAUUUUAGAAGUUUAAAAUGUCAAUUUGAACAUUUCAGUGUGAAUGUUCCAUGUGUCGUAAUCCCGUGUCCCUUGUCCUGUCUGUCCUCCCCCCGCCUUUUUUUAAAUAAUAUGUCUGCAAUAUUCACAUAUGGUUAAGAUUCAUAGCUUUUCCAAGGAGGCUGUGAUUUGAACUGAUUUCCUCAGAUCUUACCCCACUACUCAAAAUUUUUGGAAAUGGCAUUUCCAGUUCUCUGUCUGAAGAUAUACACAACAGCCUUCUUUGGCUAAUGCCGUAUAACAACUUACAACUUCUUCAUCCACACUGAAAUUGGAUUUCAUAUUAGUAGAUUUGUAGGCUUUUUUCCUUAGAGCAAUGUUUGCAGAGAUAACUUCAUGCUAUAGCUACAUGGCCGCUUCCAGGAAAAUCGUGGCCCUGACAUUAACCACAACUCACCAAAGGAGAGAAAGCUGGGAGUAAAAUUAUUUUAAUAUUUAACAAUCAAUAGUAUCAGGUUCAAAAAACCAAACCAAACCAAACCACCACAUGGGAAAGAAAAUACACCUUCUUAAGUUUAGAGAAAUGAUUGACACUCUUAAGUGUAUUUUUAGCUAAUGGAAAAACUUUUGAGAAGCAAACAUAAAUGAAAGAUUAAAAUUGACAGAGACCUAUGCUUUCAUUGCCUUGAGUUUUUAUUUCUUUUGUCCUUGCUGAAGGGGAAUCCACACAUCACUCAUUCAGAAAAGGAAUGUGACUUUUCCCCCUCCUUUCUUUUCAGCAUUUAGGGGUGGGUUUGCUUUUGGUGGCAACCUUGAGAUGUUUCUGAUAUGUCAGCAGGCUUCUGGAGAAUUUACUUCACAUGAGUCAUCUGGCUAUUAUCCUAAGGAUGACUGGAAGAAACUAUGGAGGAUAUGGGUCAACUGUCCUUAUUGCUAAUAAUAAAUGGUAGGGGCAGUUUUUCACUAGGCUAUGCCUCAGCUUACAAUGUAGAUAGAGAGGAGCACUUAGAGCAAUUAGUUACAAUGUAGGAGGAUCCUCUUUAUUAUGAAAUAUAUUAAAACUAAGGUGAAAAAUGCAGAAAACAUGGGUAGUCCUCUGUAAGUAUCCUUCUGCACAAGCCUCAGCAUUAA